AUGAAUUCAUCGCUGCUGCGUUCUGCUUCGUGCCAGAAACUUAGUCCAAGCUUUGAGAACAGCACCAUUCAGGAACAGAGGCAAGAACUCCAGCUUUUAAUUGCAGAACUGAAAGAUCGUGAUAAGGAACUCGGUGACAUGGUUGCAGUGCAUCAGAGACACCUUCUAGCCUGGGAAGAUGAUCAGCGAAAAAUACUGACUUUAGCAGAAAGUUGCAACUUACUAAACAAUGAGCUGAACAAGAGAAACGAGAUUAUAAAGUCGCUGACCAAAAGGUUAAAGUUGUUAGAAUCCCAGCAGGAUGACACUAAGACAACAUUUGAAAAUACACAACAGAAGUUUAAAGAGCUGUCUCAAAAAGUAACAGAUGCAACUGUUCAUUGUCAGGCUCUGGAGGAGAAAAAUCAAAGUCUCCAAUGCUUAGUUCUAGAACUGUCUGCUAAAACAGGCCAGCUGCAAGCAAGAGAACAGGAGCUUCUUACUAUGCUUAAGCUGAAGGACAAGGCUAUACUUGAAACAACUGAUCACAUUACUGAGUUUACAUCUAAAUUCAAAAAGCUGGAAAGUACAUUACGUGCAGCAAAGACAGAGGAAUUUAGUCUCAACAAAGAAAAGCAAGACCUCAGACUGAGACUGAAAGAACUCGUACUUGAAACAAACAAGCUGAAAGAUGACCUCUGUGAAAAGAUGCAAGAAAAUAAUAAGCAGCAGGAAGAAAUCAUUCACCUCAAACAAGAAAAUAGCUGCCUGAGGAAUGAGCUUGCACUUGCUGUUGAGAAAGCGAAGAGAAAGGAUCAGCUUCUUCAAUUUGCCAAGUCUAAACAAGCACGGACUGAUACAGAACUAUCAAGUUUGCGACAGAUCUACAUAAACCAGCAGCGUGACUUGCAGUUUCUUCAUGUCAAUUUGGAGAGCUCUCAGGAAUUAAGUCAAAAACAUGAAAAGAGGGUACAUGAAAGGAGAGCUGUGUGGGUAGGAGAAGCUGCAGUGCCACAUAACUUGCAAAAUAAACUGAUUGAGAAAAAUUCCAAUGCUGCUACAGCUUGCUCCCUCACAUCUCUCUGGAGCCUUGACUUGUUAGAAGCACACAAACAUGAGCUUUUCUCUCUUAAAAGAAAGCCUAUUGUAUCCCAUGAAGAAAAUGUGGAUUUGAAUUCUUUUCACUUGGAUUCUCCCUGUUUGACAUCCACCCAGAGAGCAGGCAGGCCUCAAAGAUGUGAGAAAUUCUCUGAUGAAGACUUCCCUCUGGAGAUAAAUAACUUCUCGGUGACUAAGCCAACAAACAGAUGCUGCAGUGCUACCAUGGACCAAGGCACCAGUUCCCCCAUAAGGAAGCUGCAGCAUGCGUUGGCCGAGUCUCGACAGAUGGUUGCUGAUCUGGAGCUUAGCACUCUCCUCCACACAAGCCCUCGCUGCAGUCCAAACAGCAGCAACGUUAAUAUGACAACAGAACUUACAGAAGCCUUUCACAGAACCCAGUUACCUGCGGCAGAAGAAAGAGGUGCUAAGCUUCCAUUCUUUUCUCCAUGA